UUAGAUAAAAAGGAAAUAAGUUAAUUUUGUACACACUUUAUAUACAUUAUCGAUAUUUAUAUAUCGAGAAGUAACAAUUGCUAAUCGCAGUUUUUUUCAAUUUUCCAUAUUUCACAUAGUGUAGGUAAAAAUAAUUAUAAAUAGGAAUUGAUCACAUUUUGAAACCUAUAAUUUGAUUUUUAUAAUAUAUCUAAUACAUUUUACACCUCUUUUCAAAAUGCAUUGGCAAUUCGGUAAGAUUCUCUUCUAUCUUUUCCUGUAUAAUUAAUAACUAUAAUUAAAAUUCAAUAUUUCGAGUCAAACAAAUCUAUCUCGUUCACUUAAUCGACAAACAGGCGGAAAUCUUGAACCUGUGCAAAUGAUCUGUGAAAUUGAUUGGAAAGAAUGUCCAAAAGCAAUCGCAAAUUAUAUUUGGAGUGAGAUUGUAACCGAUGUCCUCGACUACUUGAGGAACGAAAGCAUAGUCUGGCGGGUACAGAGAAUUAUUAUUUUUGACUUGCAAUGAAUUAGAAGUCUAUGAAUACAUGAACAUAGCGGUCAGGUAAGUUCUUAUAACUAAUAAGACUUUUUAUAUCUGAACGCUAUGUUCACUAUUUGUCAUAUGAAAAAAGGAUCAAAAUAAUUAUCUUUACAAUAUAAAUACUUUACUAACCAUAUUAAUAUUUGAAGGUAGUAGCCGUAUGUUCUUUACUCAUUAUAUUACUGCGUGCAAUAUAUCUCAAAGUAAAACGUAGUAAUAAUGCCGCUAUCGAUAAAGAUAUUCUCAAUAAAGUGGGAUACAAAGUAGAAGAUCUUGAAUUGAAAGUUAACAUAUUAACAUAUAAACUUCAAUAUGGUAGUUGGCCUCUACCUCACCAAGUUCAGAAAUCAAAUUUCAAGAAAAAUUUGCGAAAUCUUAGACUAACUCUAUCCAGUCCUAACGACCGCAAUAAUUGGAUAAAACAUGUUUUAUUAAGGUAUCAAAAUUGUAAUUAUAAUGAUAAUUUUUAAUAAUAUAGAAAAGAUUAAAAUAUAAAAAAUAAAAACUAUAGGAUUGUAUUAAAAAUUUUAAAUUGAAAAGUAUGUUUUUCUAGCCCCAGACAUAAAGAAUCAUACCUUUCAUAUUCAAAGUAUUAUCCUUCAGAGCAUCAUUUGACAGAAUUGUUUGAUGCAAAGAAAAAGAGUGUGUACCCUUACCUCCGGCAAGAAAACUUACCAGUGGAAUAUAGUAGUAAAUCAUCUAAAAGUAGUAGUGACAAAUCUCUCAAGUACAAUCACAAAUCCAAAAUAUUCUUCCAAAUUCACUAAUAUUAUUAACAUAUUAAGAUAAUUUUACUUUCAGAUUAAAUUCUACGUUUAAAAAUAUAAUGAAACGAAAGCAUUAUGAUACAUUCAAGAAUGAAAAUUAUGAAAUGCAAUACAGAAAUGCGAUAUCGCUACCAUUAUUUUCAAGAAGAAAAUAUAGUAAAACAGGAAGAAAAGCAAGAAAAGAUGUGAAGGACACUGAAACCGGAAAAGUGACAACGGCUUGUAAGAAAUUCACAAAAACCAUAGACGAUUGCAAAAGAUAUUUGAAGGAAUUACACGAUAGCAAUAAAAAUCUUGGACUGAUCUGUAGUUCAUCUGAAAUUAGCUAUGAAUCCUCGAUUAAAAAUGUUUGGUCAGAUACGCAGGUAAAUAAAUAAAAUAAAAUAUUAUUGUAUUAAAAAGACAAUAUUAAAUUUGGAUAUUAUAUUAUAAAAACAAAAUUAUUAAUAACCUAUCAAAUCUUAUUAUAGCAGCAAAAAUGUGUUGAAGCAAAAAAUCCAAUUAAUUUAAAUGAAAAUUUCAACAAUAAAGAAAAUGAUGAUGAAAAAGAGGAAAGUAAAAAAAUGAAGAACUAUGAAAAAAUUCAUAACAAACAACAAAAUAACGAUCAAUGUUUAGAACUAUCAAAUGCGAUCUAUCCGGUAUUACAAUUAAUUGACAAACGUUUAUUACCUUCAAAAAUGAAUAUAUCAUUUUAUACUGACAUGUUUCCUCAGCAAUUAACGUCGAAGAUGUUAAUUCCACGUGAACGAAGAAAAUACACAAAGACGUCUGAAGAAGCGUUGUAUCAGGUAAAAAAGAAAUUAGAAAGUUUACAUAAUGUUUUGCGUAUGUACGAGUUACAAAAAGACGAGACAAAAAUAUCAGAGAAACAACAAGAAGACAAUAACAAAAUGAAUAAUACCUGCCAAAAUGUUAUGGACACACUUGUCUCGGUUACAACAGAAGGUAACAAUCGAAAUAGAAUUAAAAAAACCAAAAUAAAUUUUAAUAAUAAUAGUAGAAACAACAGCAAGGAAAUUCAACAAACAACUUCUAAUAGUUCUGAACCAUAUGAAAGUGAUGAAACAAUAAAAAGUUCAAUAGUAUCAAUACAAAAUUAUUCCAGUACACUUAACGCAUAUUGUGUAAAUAAUAUAAAUGAUCCUUAUUGUUUGCUUACGGAAAAAUUUGAUCAAAAAAUAUCUCCCAGAAAUUAUGAUGAAUUGGAGAUAAUUCCAAAUAAUCAAAUUGUAUAUUCCUCUAGUGUUAAAUAUGAACGAAUUCCUGAAAGAAUUUAUUAUACUCUUUCAUCUGAUUCUUCUGAUGGAAAAGAAGAUAAAAAAAAAACUGCAAUAUCAGAAACUUUAACGUCAUUUCCAAAUGUAUACAUCAAAAAUAAUCAAACAAAGUCAUUCAGUUUCUCUAAUCAAUAUCCAAUUCCAAUGGAAACUGAUGAAGAUAUAAUAAUGACAACAACCUCGAGUCGAACGGAAGUAUCAAAAGAUAGUGAAUUUGAAGAUAAGUCGACAGCAUUGUUACUUCAAGAAGCAUUGCAAUUCAAGAAAGCUCUAUUAACGCGCGUUGAACUAGAAAAAUUAUGUUAUACAAAUGAUAAAAAAGAAGAAAUAAAUAACGGAUCAGAAUCAGAUCAUGGUAAAUAUUCUUAUAUUAACAAUAGUUUACAAUCUAAAUUUUUGGAUAUCAUAUCAGAAGAACAAUCAGUUAGUAGUUCUACUGAAAAAACCAGUAGAACUUAUAUGUUUUUCAAUUUGAAACAAGACAAACAAUUUAAUAAUGAUAUAUUAGAUUUUACCCAACGAAAUGAUUUCAAUACACAUAAAAAAUAUUUGGACUCAAAACACACUCUUAGUUCACCUUCUGAAUAUUUUAGCUUUUGUAAUAUAACUCAGAAAGAAAAUACAAUUAAUAGUAGUCAGCUAUCUUUACCAAAUCAUACUCAUUUUCAAGAAAACGAAUCUAUAGAAGUAAUUCCAAGUACAUUGCAAAUAGAAUAUUUAAAUGAUACUUUGAAUGAAUCUAAUGACAAGCUUAUAACAUUUUCAAGUUGUUUGAAUACAACAGAAACAAAUGUGAAUGAACAACAAAUAUGUUAUGAUUGUAUGAAUAAAACACAGAAUUUCAGAGAACAUUUCACACAUAUAAAUAAUAUAAAUGAAUUUAUAACUCAAAAUAUUAAUAGCGUAGAAUUAUUUUCAGAAGAUUUAGAUACUCCUUCAAUAAAAAAAAUUGAAAAUUCCAAUAAAAAUAUAACUUCUAAUUUUCUUAAUACUGAAUCUCUGAAACAAUAUAGCAGUGUUAAAAGUAUUAAAAAUAUAGAUGAUACAUCAAAACUAAAUAUAUUGAAUGAUAAAGAACAUAUUGAAGAUAAUGAAAUUUUAUCAUGCAAUUCAAAUUUAACUUUAAAAAGAAAUCCUGGCGCAUGUUCGCUAUUCGAACAAACAGUGACACAUGUACAUGCAAAUAAAAUAUUAGAAAUAGAUGAUUUACUUGAAAGUAGUGAUCCAAUAAAUGAUGAUGAAUUAUCAUUCAAUGAAAGUAAAGAAACUGCGUUUGAAAUGAAUUUAAUACAGGAUUCAUUAACAUCCUGUAUACAUUUUUCUAAUGAUUCUAAUUAUCCAGAACCAUCAUCUGUUACAAUAUUAGUUAACAAAUCAGUAGAUGAAGAUAAAUUGAUUGAUUUAGAUUGGUUAAAUGUCAACAAUGAUUUCAGUGAUGAUGAGAAAAAUAUAAAAACAUAUUCAACAAACACAAUUACUCUUCAAAAAUAUAGUACAACAAAUACAGAUAAUUAUAAAGAAACAAAAACUCAUUAUAUCAAAAAUGAUAAACUUGAAGAUGAAAAAAUUAAUUCAAGCAUACAAAAUUCAUUUGAAAAUCUAGAUAAAAAAGAAAUAGUUAGAGAUCCGGAUUUUUAUAAAUCUUAUUCCAAUCUCAUUUCUCCACAUAGUAGUAUGUACUUUACAGAUGAAGCUUCAAGUUCCAACAUAAAAUUAAAUACUCAUAAUUCAAAACUUUAUAAAGGUUAUUUACAUUCUAAUAUAUAUACACAAAAUAAUAAAGAAAAUGAAUUAUGUUGUGAGAAUAAACAUUUGAAACAUACAAAAAAUAUUGAAACAUUUUCAAUUUCGACGUUGAAUGAAAAGAAAAAAACAAAUUUCCCAAUUUCGACAAACAAUGAUAAAUCUUUUUUCAAAAUUUCAAAUGAUAUAUCAGAGAGUAAACAAAAUUUAUCAGAAUCUAACAAAAUACAUAAUGAAAAUGAUCUACUUUCUAAAACUUGUAUAGAAAAUAAGGAUACAUUAUUAAUUAAAGAAAGAAAAAUUUCAGAAAAAGAAAAUGAUAUUUUGAACAAUAAAAAUUCAAUUUCUUAUAAGGAUAUUAGAAAUUAUAAUUUAAUAUCUACAGAAAAUGUUUUAUCAAAUGAGAUAUUAUCCAAUUCGAUAAAUAAUAAUGAAAAAUUAGAGCAAUAUAUUACAUCGUCAAAUCUACCUCCGCAACAAAUUUCUCCAAGGGAAACGAAAGAAAAUAAAACAAUGAAAAAAAUAAAUACGACAGUGAAAUCACGAAGUCAUGAAAAUUAUAUUUCCAAUAUCGAAAAAUUAAAGAAAACAAAUUUACAGAAUUUAAAAUGCUUAAAAUCUGAUUUAUUGAACACGGGUCGAAUUAAAAUAGAAAAUAAUAAAAAUAUAACAUAUACAAAAUUAAGAGAUCUAUCGGCAGAACCUAAACGUAAUACGGAAAAUAGUAUUAAAUUAGAUAAAAAAAGAUCACGAUCACAAAUAAGUUUUCGAACAAACGAAUUACUAAAAGAAGUAACAUUACAAUCACAUGAAUUCCCAAGCAAUAAAAAUUCUAUAAAUUACACUAAAUCAUUAGAAACGAAAUUUAAAUUAAAAAGUCCUUUAAAAUCUUUGACACCAACGCCGAAAACGUCUUCAAGAUCUUGUAUACCGAUUUUGAAAAGCCGUUUGGAAGCAGCUCGAAAGAUUGAAAAUGAAUCGCGACCUAAAAGUCCAACGAGAGGACCGCUAACAAUGACUAUGUCCUGGAGAGAUAAUAUAUGUAACAAAAAUCAAAAUGUAACAGAUGAAGUUCAAGUAGAAGGUAAAACAAGAAAUAAUGAUCCGCCUAUAGAAGGAGUAAAUUAUGCAGAAAAGAUAAAUAAUAGUGGUAAUCAUAAUCAAGAUUCAAUAAAAAUAUCGCAAAAUAACGUAAAUGAAAAUGCUGAUAAUAAUAUUAUCUCGCAAGAACAAAUGAUAAUAUAUGUUAACAUAUUUACAAAAUAUGACGAUAAUACUACAAAAAUAGUGAAUCCAAAUAAAUUUCUGGAUUAUAUGAAGAAUAGAAAAUUAAAUAUAGAACAAUUGCAAGAAAAUCAAGUUAACAAGAAACAUUCUGAACUUCAUGAGACUUCCACAAAAAAUGAGAAAGAUACAAUACAUAAAAUUGUUACAGUCGUUUCUUCUGUUAUAGAUGGUAAUGAAUUAAAUGAAACUACGUCAACUAAAUCAUCAACAUUAAAACCACAAAAAACUUCGUUGUCAAAUAUUUUACUAAAUGGUCAAUUAAAAAAUUUAUGUUUCUUAUCUGUUGAACAAAGAGAAAUCGAUGUAACUGCCAAACCUUCUGUUGUUGAUACUAGCACAUCGAUAUCAGAUUUAGAUAAUAUUUCAAAGAUAUCAAAAAGUACAUUAAAUAAAUUUCAAAUAUGCGGAACACCUAAAGAAUUAAACAAUGAGGAAUAUAUAGCGUUACUAGAAAUUCUUCAUCAGGAAUCCAAUUUUGUACAUUUACGAGAAUUGCAAAAUAUUUGUAAAAAACUUGUAUCGGAACAUCCAAAAAUCUAAGCAAAAUUUAAUCACAAAUAUAAAAUAUUCAUCUGUAUUUAUAAAAUUCAUAAUUAAUAAUGGCACUUAUAU